AACAAAUAUAUCAGCAGGUGAUAAAACGUGCAGUUUGCAUGAUAGUUGCAGUGUUAACUUGCGACUAUCAAUGUUGAAUAUUACAGAAAUCACAUCAAUAACAAUCUUAAAAUGGACAACGAAGAUGAAAAACAUGAUUGUCUAAAGUCAAGGAAUGUAAAUAAAGGAGAUAUAUAUGAAGAUGGAAACGCAGUUGAAAACAAACAGACAUGGGCGUGUGCAUGGUUUAUGAAAUUUAAAACUGAUAAACACUACAGUAGAAAAUUGUUAAAAACUGUGUUACUCUUCUGGACUUUUGCUGGAUUGGGAUGGAUGACAGGACAGAUUGGACCGUCUUUCCCGGAUUUACAACUGGUUGUUGAGCAAACACUGGACACAGCUUCCUGGUUAUUCACCAUUUAUUCUUUCGGUUACAUGGCUGGAUCCUUUGCCGGUGGCUUAUUAUAUGAUCACUUCAGCAAAUCAUUAGUGAUUGCCUUUUCGACUAUGAUUAUGGCGGUAACGACCGUUGCUCUUCCAUGGUGUAGAUGGUUUGCGUUGAUGCUUGCAGUACGAUUUCUAUCUGGAGUAGGGGCAGGAGGUCUAGACACAGGUGCCAAUGCCUAUGUGAUGUCUUUCUGGGGAGAAAAGGCUCGCUCCUAUAUUCAAGGACUACAUUUUUGUUUCUCAUUUGGCGGAAUUAUUUCACCGUUAACAACUGAGCCGUUCUUGGCCAAACGGUUAUGUCAAAGGCUAAAUGAUAAAAAUGAAUCCGACGCCGAAUCAUCUCCAAAUUCGACGUGGACAACACAUGUACCAAAAGACUACGUAGAAAAUGACUGCAAAGAACCAGGCUACGGACCAACAUAUGUACAUUUCGCAUAUCUUAUAUCGUUUUUUGUGAUACUUUCUACCUCUGUUCCAUUCUUCGUUAUUUUCGUUAAAGAAAUAAUGAGGACUUACAAAUCGCCUAAUAUAGCGGAAGUAAAUAUAACAGAACAACAGGAACAGAAGGGAGAAGAACAACCACGGACAAUGAACAAAUUUUCGAAGAAAGUGCAAACUCUUAUACUUAUCCUGUUGUCUUUGUUCAUGAUGAUUUACUGCGCCGUCGAAGAUACAUUUUCCAGUUUUCUUGCAACCUUUUGUAUCAGUUAUUUCGGCUGGGGUAAAGACAUCAGUAGCUAUGCCACAAGUGUCUUCUGGUUUGCUUUUGCGGUUGGUCGUUUCUUGGCGAUUUUUAUCGUUAAACGUUUUAAACCUGUCAACCUUCUCAUGAUAUAUUGCAUUUCUUUGAUCAUAGCCUUUCUAGGUAUACUAACAGCUUGUUUCACAUCGACUACAAGCCUUCUUUGGGUAUCCAUAUCCUUAGCCGGGUUUUCGAUGUCUCUUAUCUUUCCAAGCGUAUAUUCGUGGACCGAGGAAAGUAUUCUGCAAGUAACAGGGAAAAUAUCGUCUUUGUUCGUUAUAGCCGGUUCUAUAGGACUGAUAAUAAAUCCAAUAGUUCUUGGGUACCUGAUGGAUAACAUGACGCCGAUGUGGUUUGUGUAUCUUUUAUUAGGAAAAAGUUGCUUUACAUUGUUGUUGAUUUUUGUAGUUAUUGCAUUGGUCAAGCUAUGUAAGAAAUCCGACUGUUGUAAAAAUAGUGGCAAUGCUGUUGAGAAGGAAAUGGUACCCCUUCAAAGUAACAUCAGCAACUGAUUAAUACGUUUUGUUUUAGAUUUGCAUACUUAAUGCAUACAAUGCAACUAAUUUGUUUAUAAAGGCUGAUGAGACAGUGUCAUCCCACGAUACUUUUGCAUAUAUUUGACAUAUUCUAUCUGCAACUGCUUUAUUAAAGCCUUAAAGUAAUGCAUUUUUAACUAAUACAUAUAUAGAUGAAAACAAGACAGUGAAUAUGUAACCAUGACUAUCACCAGGAAAGCAAUGUCUAUAGCUGUGGAAAUAAUACAGAGAAAUAUGUUAAUUCGAUUUUUACAAAGGCUGCUCGAUUAUUUUCACUGGACAGAAGAAAGAAAUAAUUUUCAAAAUUAUGUAUUUUGUUCUAAAUGGCACGUGCAUGGCAUAGAUAUAACUCAAUAACACCAUAUAUGAUAAAACAGUUUCACUCUUAAAUUAAUUUAUACAGUACAAAAUAAUAUAAUUUUGAGCAUGCCUCUAGGUUUUUGUCAGUUGUUCGAAACUAAGAAGGUUCAUGUAACAAGGAUGUCCAACAAAUACCCGGAAAAGCGUUUCCACGACACAUGUAAUACAAGUGAAUGUUUAAUUGAUAAGUCAAAAUUAGUUUUUCUAUGAUUAGUAGAUUCUAGUCUAAAUGGCAACGUCAAAUGACGUCACUAGGUCCGUCUUUUUCUAUUUUGCAUUUGCUAAAAUAUAACCUAUCAUUUACUUAUUAUCAAAACCACGUUUUCCUAAAUCGGGUGAAUAUUUACGUCAAGUGUACGCGUUACACUAGUAAAGACAAAUUAUAAAUGUGACACCA